ACGUUUCACGUCGCAGUUAGGACUGUCAAUGUCACUUUGACAGAUUUAUUUCAGAUUCUCAAAAUAUUUUUCUUUAAGGGUUAGGAUUUAAUAAAUUUAAUUAAAUAAUGUCUGGCGGGGAGUACCGCUAUGUGUGGCGUAUAGCCUUUACUAAUUUUCUCAAGUCAUUUAGGCCACGCCAAAUAAGAGGAAACGCUAUUGGGAAGGACUACAAAGGCAACAGGUACUAUGAAAUACCAGCCGACCCCAGCCUGGGCAAGCGGAAGGCCACCCGCUGGUACGACCCGCCCAAUGGCCUGGACUUCCGUGACCCCAUCCCUGCAGAGUGGGAGGCUUGGCUUAGGAUGAGGAGAGUGGAAGCACCAACGGAAGAAGAAAUAGCCGCCAACCUGGCCGUAGCCAAGCUGAAGCAGGAGAACGCGGCCAGGAUCGAGGCGCGGCGCCUGGCGGAGGGCGGCGCGCCGCCCCGCGCGCCGCCGCGCGGCCCCGAGACCUUCCCCAAGUAUGCUGACUUCCACACGGGCCACCCCGACGACCAUCCCGACGGGAAGAAACAUUACUAAACUUAAACUCCUUUCAACGCCAUACAAAAUGCAUAAAAUCUACAUCAUUGGCGCAUGCGAGCCAAUUAUGAAGCUUACUGGGAAGUGUGAAGGUUACUUUUACAGUGUGUAACACUUGUAAGUAUUCUUGGCGCUGUGGCUCGCGAAUACUUUAGGCGUUCUUGGCGUCCGGGAGGUUAAAUACAAUUAUAGAUAAUGUGGUAGUAUAGAUACAGUGCGAGUACCGUUUAAAAACCUGAUGUUUUGCUACGCGUGGGGACAGAUGCCUAAUAUAGAUUACUGAUACUAUUCUCAGUAGGGUUUUAGAAGUCAUCGGGUAUUAGAUGUAUUCAUUAUCUCAUCUCAGUGAAUAGAUACUACACCCUGUGGCUAUGAGUUCACCGGCUUAGAGUAUUUAUUGCAAUUUAGCUGAGUCUUACAUCCAGAAUGAAAUAGAAGUAAACGGAUAUUUUCGAGUUUGUAUUUAAUGAAGUUAUCGUUAUAUGGUAUAAAUAUCACACUUUAUUUUAUAUAAAAUAAAGUUCUAUUUAUUUUUAUGGCAACACAACUAUUUAUUUAUAUACUUGUAUUUAAAUAUGCCUUGAAGAAUAAAAAGUGCCAGUUUAAUAUUCCAGUCCACCUCUAUUUCAAAUCUUUGCUGUAAAUUCAGUGGCAGUAUUCUCUCAAUAAGAUGGUUAAAAAGAUAAUUUUGAAUACCUCGCCCGUUUAGUUAAUUUUGCAGUAGCUUGUAUGUGUAAAGUUAAUAGCUUCAUGUUGUAGUGUAAAUAGAAGAUAAAAAUAAAUUGUGUGUUAAUAAAUUAUUUAUUUUAAA